AUGAGGAAGUUGUUCCAAAUCAUUUUCUACAUUCAGUUGAUCUUAAUCUCCAUCUUGGUAAUCGUCUUAACCAUCCGAGGCUUUGUCUAUGCCGCUAGAAGUACCAACCAUUUCCGCCCCGAGAAAUGGUACCCUCCACUUCUGGGUUCAGUGGCUUCGGCCGGAAUUGUUUCUUACCUAUGGGAAUGGAUCUCUUUUCAUGAUCCAUCAAAAGCUAUCAAAACAGCCUUCUGGGUUGGCCCCUUCUUAACAUGUGCGGUUGGUAUUCUCCAUAUAUUGAUCGGAUGUCCCAUAAGUUUAGCAAUCAGCACAAUCGCAAUCAUUUCCAGUGUGAUCCAAUCCCUCUAUACUUGUUGGGUGAACCCCAGAUUUGAUUACGCAACCAAGAUCCUAACAGUUUACACAUCCUUUCCUCCUGAUAAAACUGCUACAUUUGUGAUCCUAUCCAUCAUAACCUGCCUAGUGUACUCAUCUUUCUUGGUGACCGGAAUUGGGGGAGCAACCGCAACUGGUACUGGCUUAGACAUCUUGUUCAUCAUAGUAAUCCUGCUUACCUACACAUGGACUAUGCAAGUUAUCAAGAACAUGCUGUACGUUACCAUCUCACGAGUCAGACACAUGAAUUUUGCUUGUGGAGCUGAUAUGAAUACUUGGAUUGCUUUCCGAGACACGGUCCAGCAUUUGGUAGGAAGAGUAUGCAUAGGCUCAGCAGUUGUUCCGGUUAUUGGAACCAUUCGGGGCUCGGCCAGAGUUAUGAAAUCAGUUGUGGGGGGCACAGACGAGUUUUUGUUCUCUUGCGCUGACUGUUACUCUAGAGUUGCUUCAACUCUUAUAACAUACGGGAACCGCUGGGGCUUUGUUCAUGUCGGGGUUUAUAACAAAGGUUUCAUGCAGGCAUCGGCUGAUACCUGGGGAGCAUUUAAAACAGCAGAACUGAUACCGUUGAUUGAUUCUGACCUCACUGGGGCGUUCUGUUUCUUCUCUGGGGUUGCAGUCGGUUCGAUAUGCUCCCUUGUAGGAGGAACAUGGGCGCUCGCCAUUCAUAAGAGCUAUGCUACAGAAGUGUCCAUCUAUGCAUUUUUCAUUGGCUAUUUCAUCUGUCGAGUCGCAUUGGCCUCGCAACAAGCUUGUGUUUCAGCUUAUUAUGUUGCUUAUGCUGAGAACCCUCAAAGCCUCCAGUUCGAUGCAACGAUCCCAGUUCGCAUUCAAGAGCUUCUUCAAAGAUACAAUGUUUAGUGGUUAAUUGGAAGCCAUAGAAAGAGCAGCUGAGAAAUUAAUCAAAGGAAUUCAUUGUUCAAAAUACAGAAAGUACACUGCUGAAACUACCAACAUAUGAGAAAACUUACAAUUUUGGCGAGCCUGUCUGGUUUUGAGAAUUCCGCUUCUCUGUAAAUUAUAUGCAUUACUGUUGUAUAUUUGUAGCAUCAUCUGAGAUGAACUAAAUUUCAAAUAAAAUAUCUUUCUCGUUUGUUUGCUUUGGAAAAA